AUUAUAAUCUAAUUUAAGGUAUCGAAUUGUUCUAGUUUUUCAGGAAUUGUCCAAAUGGAUGAAGAUACGCAUUAUGAUAAAGUGGAAGAUGUGGUUGGAAGUCACAUAGAAGAUGCAGUAACGUUUUGGGCCCAGAGUAUCAAUAGAAAUAAGGAUAUCAUGAAGAUUGGUUGCUCACUGUCUGAAGUUUGUCCCCAGGCCAGUUCAGUUUUGGGGAAUCUUGACCCAAAGAAGAUUUAUGGUGGAUUAUUUUCUGAAGAUAAGUGUUGGUACAGAUGCAAAGUACUGAAAAUCAUCAGCGAUGAAAAGUGUCUGGUGCGGUACAUUGACUAUGGAAAUAUUGAAAUUCUAAAUCGAUCUGAUAUAGUUGAAAUUCCUUCGGAGCUGCAGUUUUCUAGUGUUGCCAAAAAGUAUAAACUUUGGGGACUAUACAUUCCUUCUAAUCAAGAAGUUACCCAGUUUGAUCAGGGCACAACGUUUUUGGGGAGCUUGAUUUUCGAAAAGGAAAUAAAAAUGAGAAUUAAAGCAACCUCUCAAGAUGGAACAGUUAUUGCUCAGGCUGAGUAUGGCAGUGUGGAUAUAGGGGAAGAAGUGUUUAAGAAAGGAUUUGCAGAGAAAUGCAAACCUACUUCCAGAAGUGACAUCUGUGAGGAAAAAAAAUUGGAUCCUGGUCAACUUGUUCUCAGGAACGUCAAAAGCCCCAUUCCUUUGUGGGAGCAUAGAUCAAACCAGUCAACUUUCAGCAGGCCCAAGGGGCACUUAAGUGAGAAGCUGACUCUUGAUUUGAAGAAUGAAAAUGAUGCAGGAAAUCUUGUGACAUUUCCAAAGGAAAGUUUGGCUGUUGGUGACUUUAAUUUAGGGUCUAAUGUCAGCCUGGCAAAAAUUAAGCAGGACCAGAAACUGAUUGAAGAAAAUGAAAAACUUAAAACAGAGAAGGACGCUCUUCUCGAAAGUUAUAAGGCAUUAGAAUUGAAAGUAGAACAGAUUGCCCAGGAGCUGCAGUUCUGAUAUAUAUGCAUUUCAAUGCUGUUAAUUUUUGUCAAUGCACUGCC